UAUUUUCAAAACGAAUCGUUUUGUUUUCCGCCACGUCAUAAUCCCCAAAAUACCAGGCUAUCCCCAGCCCCAUCGUACAGGUUCCAACCCAGGCGGAGAGUUGAAGCGGAACACACCACCGAGGCUUGAGCCUGGAUACCCAUCAGCAUGAGCUUCACAUCGACUCGUUUGGUCCUUCGUUUUGGGUUUUCCUCUGAAGCUGUAUGUACCAGCUUGAAGAGGAAAUCUUCUACUACUACUACUACCAUUCCUAUUCCCGUGGCGCAAAAGUCAAAUGAAGAGCGAUUGGUAGUAGUUGGGGGUGGAGCAGCAGGUGUUUUUGGAGCAAUUAGAGCUAAAACUGUUGCACCCGACCUGAAUGUGGUGGUUAUUGAGCAGGGAAAACCUCUAUCUAAGGUAAGAGUUUCUGGAGGAGGCCGGUGCAAUGUGACCAAUGGGCAUUGUCGCGACAAUAUGAUUUUGGCAGAAAAUUACCCUAGGGGUCAUAAAGAAUUUAGAGGAUCCUUCUUCAACAUGCAUGGACCUGUGGAUACCAUGACCUGGUUUACUAAUCAUGGGGUGGAGCUGAAGGUUGAGGAGGAUGGAAGGGUAUUCCCUGUCAGCAACAGUUCUUCAUCAAUAAUUGAUUGUCUUAUGUCCGAAGCAAAGCGGGCAGGAGUUUCCCUACAGACUGGAAAGGCCGUGAGAACUGCAUCUUCUGUUGAUGGGAAAUUCCUUCUGAGUGUUGAGAACAAUAAACUAAGAUCUGUUGAAUACGUCGAAGCUGAUUAUCUAUUGAUUGCCAGCGGUAAUAGCAGGCAGGGUUAUAGCCUCGCAUCUCAACUUGGUCAUUCAAUUGUAGAUCCAGUGCCAAGUCUAUUUACUUUCAAGACCGAUGAUUUGCAGCUAGAAGAGUUUUCUGGAGUUACAUUCCCAAAGGUAAAGGCAAAGCUGAUAUUAGAAAAUGUUAGAAGAGAUAUGCAACAAUUUACACAGGUUGGCCCCAUGUUAGUCACACACUGGGGACUCAGUGGUCCAGUAAUUCUACGACUAUCUGCUUGGGGUGCUCGUGAACUCUUUAGUUCAGGUUACAGUGGGGUUGUUACUGUGGAUUUUACACCUGAUAUGCAUAUCGAAGAUGUGAAGUCAAUACUCGGUCGACACAAGUCUCAGUUUGCAAAACAGAAGGUUUCCAAUUCAUAUCCUUCAGAAUAUGGCCUUGUGAAGAGAUUCUGGAAAUAUCUGUUGGAUCGUCAGGGUUUAUCUGGAGAAAUGUUAUGGGCUUCUGUUUCAAAUAACUCCUUAAUCUCGAUUGCCUCUCUUUUGAAGCAUUGUAACUUUCAAGUUACCGGGAAGGGUCAAUUUAAGGAUGAAUUUGUCACUGCUGGAGGUGUUCCACUGUCUGAGAUUUCACUUAAUACAAUGGAAAGCAAAAGGCGACCGAGUUUAUUCUUCGCAGGGGAGGUUUUGAACGUUGAUGGUGUAACAGGUGGUUUCAACUUUCAGAAUGCUUGGUCCGGUGGAUACAUUGCAGGAACUAGUAUUGGUGAACGAGUGCAUGGUUCUUAUCGAGAGGGUGCCUAUUCAUGAUAAAUUUCUUAAACAAAAGAUGCCUAUUGGAGGUGCAAAUUUUCCGUACUUCAGUAGCACCUGAUUUUUUUACUUAUUGGAGGAAGAGGUUGGUGGGGUCUUUCUUAUAUAUUUUUUUAGUAAACAAUUUAGUAUCUCGGCCAUAAAAAGGAAUGGGUGCAAUCAGGAAAUAGUUGUUUGUUUGUCCUUUACAUGUUUUUCACUAUGUAAUUUAUGGUUCUCUUCGAGCUCCUUUUGAAAUUUCUUUAAUUUAAAAAGCAAAGUGGUAGAUGGGGAUUUUUGCUAAUUCCCACUAACAAAAAAAAAUUCAAUCUUUUUGUAAAGUGGGUACGGAUCUAUCCAUUAGGGAGGGGGGCGUUGAAAUAACCCGUUUAGAGCCACUCGCUUGCACUUCUAAAGUCCAGAUAAAUAUUAUUGCCAGCUCAAUUAGAUGUUGUUCUCAAUUUUGUUUCUUUGCUUUGCUUUUUCGAAAAUAUGCCAAGUGGCACAAUGUAGAAUUUGUAUGUCAAUUUCGUUAUCAAAUAAAUAAAGUUCAAUUUAGAAUUAUGAUAA